CACAAGAGCACGAAGAGAUAUUGCAGUCGUGCCAAAAAAUUUAAAGCUUCUUAGUCGUGUAUUUGAACCUCGACUUGGUCCUCCGAAACGAUUAGCUCGAUCAGGAACCUAGUCGUCCAGGGACGACUUGCCUGGCAGGAGGAAAGAGCAAGUUGGGCUUGAUGUGCUUUUGGCCCAUUAGGGUUUAGAUGAUCUGGACCCAUAUAUAUAAGGAGAUGUGUUGUGCUCUGCCUCCUCUCUCUCAGUCUCUCUGCAUAUAGCCGCCGCCCAGGACACAGCUCGAGCGGGAGAACAAAAUUUCUCCCUCUCAGGCCAGCUCGCCGUCGCGCUUGCCUCUGGCUGGUGGCCAGCCCCCCAUCGCUGUUUCUCCUCCUCUCAUGUGCCUCUCCCUCUCUCUCCAAGUGCCCCUAUAGUCCCUGAGCUGUCGGUCCUAAGCUGCACCUGCAGUCCGUGCAGUACUGAGCUCAAGCAGCCGCACUGCAAGUCUGCCACAGAGCUGAAGCUGCUGCUGGUGCUGGUCCUCUGAUACAACAUCUGAUGCAACAGAGCUGAAGAUGAGCUGCUUCUCGUCCUCCUCCGAUGAUCAGCGUGCACUGGUGCAAGUGGUGUUGCCUGAACCUGAAGCAGCUAGUUCUGAUGCUGCUACUGACCCAGGUGCUGCUACUGUCUCAGCUUCCUCAGCUGCUCCAGAUAAUGCUACUGCAUCCCUAGUAGCUAAAGCCACAGCUGAACUGUCAGCAGAUCUUGCUGCCCUAGCUCAAGAUCCUAAGAGGAAGGCUUGCUCUAAAGACCCGGGAUGGAAGUAUGGGUUCUGGCCAGAAUUAGGGAAGAAGGAACCGGUGCAAUGCAUAUUCUGCAAAAAGAUAGUAACUGCAGGAAUUAAAAGAUUCAAGCAGUACCUUGCUGGGGGUUAUGCUAAUGUCUUGGUUAUUUUGCUACUCCUAGACAUGUGACAUUUCCAUUUGAGAACUUGUUUAAUUAUGUACUUGCUGGCUGCUAAGGUUGCUGCCUUGACAGCUUAAUUAUUUGUUCUGUUCCUUCAUGUUUCUUAUAUGCUCUACUACUCUUAACAUUAUUUUACAUGUCUAAUUGUACAGCUAAUUACUUCUUUCUUUGUUGUUUCAGCAGUAAGUCAACAAGUCAGCAAAAAGCCAAAGACAGCUGCUCUGGACAAGUGACCAUGCUUGAUGCUUGCUUUGUUUACCAAUUUAUAUAAUGUUUUUGUGCAGUGUGCACUGAUGCUUAUGCUGCUGUAGUAGUGUAGCCUAAUAGUAUAGUACUGAUUACUGAAUUAGUACAAUUUAUAGUAGUGAUUAACUAGUUAUAUA